CACUAAUUUGAUUUCCCCUCUAUUGUUCUCUAUAAAUACACGGGCCUCAUUGCUACCAACACAAGAAGUAGAUUCAGAAACACAAAUCAAGGCCGGAAAAGAGAACUCUGCAGCAAUGGCGACCAAGAUCUACAUCGUAUACUACUCGACCUACGGGCAUGUCGCGACGCUGGCGGAGGAGAUCAAAAAGGGCGCCGACUCCGUCGCCGACGUCGAGGUCACCAUCUGGCGGGUCCCGGAGACGCUGCCGCAGGACGUGCUUGAGAAGAUGCACGCGGCGCCGAAGCGUGAGGAACACCAUGUCAUCACGGCCCGGCAGCUGGCCGAGGCCGACGGCAUCCUGUUCGGCUUCCCGACCCGGUUCGGCAUGAUGGCGGCGCAGAUGAAGGCCUUCUUCGACACCACCGGCGGGCUAUGGCAGUCUGGUGCCCUCGCCGGCAAGCCCGCGGGGGUCUUCUUCGCCACGGGUACACAGGGCGGCGGCCAGGAGACAACGGCUCUCACGGCCGUCACACAGCUCACGCACCACGGCAUGCUGUUUGUGCCGGUCGGGUGCACGCAAGGCGCCGGCAUGUUCGUCAUGGACGAGGUCAAGGGCGGCAGCCCAUACGGUGCCGGCACCUUCGCCGGCGCCGACGGCAACAGGCUGCCCAGUGAUGCUGAGCUCGCCUUGGCGGCGCAUCAGGGCAAGUACUUCGCCGGCAUUGCUAAGAAGCUCAAGGCCGUCUGAAGCCUGAUCACCAGCUGUCACGCAAUUCAUAAUACUCCCUCCGUUCAUGUAUAGAUGUCAUAGAUUGUGUCUAUGAUAUCAUCGAUGGUGUCUACAUACAUUUAAAUUUUAAUAAAUUUAAAACAUUUAUUUA